ACCUUCCGGCACACGAAUCAGUCCGAUCGCAAUGCUUGCCGCGUACGCCGUUGUUUUUGUCGGUCUUCUACAGCUGAUCGUUCCAUCGCUAGGGGGUCGCUCCAAAUGCGAUCGUCUAUUUUCACCGGUUCGGUGUGGCGUCCCGAAGCUCCACACGGGAGGAUCUUUGCCGUCCCGUGAGUCCGAAGCUAUUCGAGGAGAAUUUCCGUGGCACGCAGCGUUGUACCAUGAAGAAGGUGGAAACUUUAGUUACUGUUGUGGUGGAUCGUUGAUUUCCGAAAGGUUUGUUCUGACGGCGGCACACUGUGUGAUGAAUCCGAACAACGGCUUCAAGUUGACGCUCGAGCGGUUGAAGGUCAAGCUGGGCGUGCACGUGAUCGGCGUGGAAGAUGAGUGCGUGCAGGAGGUUCGGGUGAGGAAGAUUCAUGUGUACCCAGACUAUCAUGUGGGUGAUUUCAAGCAUGAUCUGGCGCUGUUAGAGUUGCUCAAGAGGGUAGUCUUCACGAAUCGGGUGCUACCGAUCUGUGUGGACAUGAGUGAGCAUGAAGAUAACGACUUCUACCGACAGUAUGGGAAAGUUGCUGGAUGGGGUUAUACGGAGAAGGAUUCGGUAUCCAACUGGCUUCGGAUGACGGAGCUGCCAUUUGUUAACUACACCCAAUGUCUAGGGAGCAAUCCGGACGUAUUUGCAAACACCAUCUACGAAGGGAUGUUCUGCGCUGGGUAUGGAAAUGGGACCAGCGUUUGCAACGGGGACUCUGGUGGGGGACUGGUAGCGUACAAUCGGGACCAUUGGAUGCUGAGGGGGAUCGUAUCGUUUACUGCCCUGAGAGAUGGACCACAGACCUUGUGUGAUACCAAAGAGUACGCUGGGUUCAUCAAAGUGCGAUACUACAGGAAUUGGUUGAAGAACAUCACUGAGCAGGUGGGGGUUGGAAAAGAGGAACACUACACGGAAGCUCCAGUUUUGAAUAACGACGAAGAUUUCGAUGAAGAGCAGAGGCGGGACCCUUGCGGAGAACGAAAGAUUAACAAGCGCGGAUUGAUAGUGAACGGAGUUCGUAGCUACGCCGGGGAGUGGCCGUGGCACGUAGCCGUGUACGAAAUCAACGGCCGAUCGAAGCGGUACAUUUGCGGAGGAACGUUGAUCAGCGAUCAGUAUGUUAUGACGGCAGCUCACUGCAUGUUGGACGACACACUGAAGCAGCGGAGCGGAACGAUCGUUGUGCAACUGGGGCAGGACGACCUGUACGAGAGUUCCGUUAACAUGCGGGAGGUUCGGGUGGGGAAGAUCAACCCGCAUGAGGGGUUCGAUCCGGUGCGUAAAAUCAACGAUAUAGCUCUGCUGGAGUUGACCUCGUCGGUGCAGUUCAAUGACUUUAUUCAACCAGCGUGUUUGCCCACGAAGGAGGACGUCAGUAGCGGGAAUCUUUUGGGACGUUUGGGAUCCAUCGUAGGUUGGGGUUAUAAACAGCCUUGGUCGUUCAUGAUAUCCAAUACGCUGCUGUCGACGCGGUUGCCCAUUGUGGACGUUUCGAUGUGCUCGAUUGGAGCGGAAUUUGGAGUGGAGACGGAGGGAAUUCUCUGCAUGGGGUCUGCCAACGAAACCAAUGCCUGUACGGGAGACUCCGGUGGAGGUAUGUUCUUCGAGAAGGAUGGACUGUGGAACGUCCGGGGAGUGAUCUCCGCUCUGGAUACGGUGGACGGGUUCUGCAAUCCGGAUGGCUACCUGAAGGUUGCCGACACGGGCCAUUUCGUCAAGUGGAUCAGGAAGGAGAUCCGAGCUGCCGUCAGGAAGCUAACUGGUCGAGACAAAGAUCGAGAUAUGUCUUUCCUUCAGGCGGGUACGGACCACGCGACGUCGGCCAGAGAUUAUACUACCCCCGGUCCAACACGGCCACCCUAUCCGAGCUUCGCUGAAAUCCACCACCACCAUCACCACUACUACCAGCUGCCAGCGACGGAACAUCGGCAUCGGGAUCGCUGUAAGCCGCGGGACGACGACGAUUCCUCCUCCGAUAGCAACGAAAGUAGCCUCAAAAAGUUAUUCACGAAGAAGAAGUGCUUUAUCAAGGAUUUGAAAGACACUCUGCUGUCCAAAUUGUUCUAGCUUGGAGUGACAUGGCCGGCUUGUGCUGCUAGGAUGAUAGCGCAUGUGAGAAUACAUGACCCAAUUUCGUAAUUACCAGCUCCUUUCGCGUUGUCCUUUUCACAACGUCCUACGGA